AUGGACGACAAUGGCGACGGCGUCACACACAUCUCAGGCCUUAAAAGAACCCAGAUAUCUAGUUCGAUCUCCUCGUCUUCUUCUGCUGCUCGAAAGCUGCUCCGUAACUCUCCUACCGAAAAGGGCAAGUCUCCGAAUCCAUACCCCGACCCUUUCCACCGCCAACCCGACCCAAAACAACUCCUCUGCCGAAUCUGUACGGAACCCAGAAUCCCAAACGAGGCUUUCACCAUAAAGGGCUGUUCUCACGCUUUCUGCAGAGAUUGCCUCGCCAAUUACGUCGCUGUGAAAUUGCAGGACAAUGUAUCGUCGUCAGGCAUCGCGUGUCCCGUUUGGGGUUGUCCGGCGCUGUUGGAGCCUGAACAGUGCGCUUCAUUUCUUCCUUCGGAAGUCUUCCAACGGUGGGGGACGGUUAUGUGCGAGGCGUUGAUUUUCGGGAUGCAGAAAUUCCACUGCCCUUUUGACGAUUGUUCUGCCGUCAUGCACGACGAUGGAGGCGGCGGCGUGGAGGUAAUCACUCAAGCUGAGUGCCCUAAUUGCUUCCGACUGUUCUGUGCCAGAUGUGAGGUCCCUUGGCACCCUGAAAUUGGUUGUAUAGAGUUCCAAAAGUUGCGUAAUGAGUUGGGCGAGCGUUCGAUUUCGAGUUCGAAUCAGAGAAUUGAGGACCUGAAGUUCCUCUGCGAAAUAUGUACAGAACCCAGAUCACAGAAGGAUUCAUUUCCAAUCAGAGGCUGCUCUCAUGCCUACUGCAAAGAUUGCACGGCCAAGUACAUCGCUGCCAAGCUGCAAGAUAACGUAUCGACCAUCGGGUGUCCGAUUCGUGGUUGCGAGGGGAUGUUGGAGCCUGGACAUUGCGGAUCCAUUCUGCCUCCGGAGGUGUUUGAGAGGUGGGGGAGCAUUCUGUGUGAGAAUGUGAUCUUGGGAAGUCGGAAAUUUUACUGCCCUUUUAAGGAUUGCUCGGCUGUGAUGCUUGAUGAUGGUGGAGAGGUGAUUGCUGAAGCUGAGUGCCCCAAUUGCUGUCGAUUGUUCUGUGCCAGAUGUAGAGUGCCUUGGCACUCUGGGAUCCGCUGUGAUAAGUUUCAGAAGUUGCACAAGGAUGAGCGGGAGAGGGAAGACAUUAUGUUGAUGAAUCUAGCAGAUCAGAAGCGGUGGAAAAGGUGUCCUAAAUGUAGAAUCUACGUCGAGAAAACAAAGGGUUGUAACCACAUGGUGUGCAGGUAUGUGUGGGACUUCAUUCUGGUAUGCAUGAGUAGGUGUGGUGUGUAG